CAGCCCCUGUCGGUGACUAGUGACUCCUGUUGAGUAACAAGGCUGCAGUCGUUGUACAUAGCUGUCAUUUGUUAAUAUUUCUGUUCUGGCAUCAUGGGCAAGUCAUACCUUGAUCUGGUUAAUGAGUGCGAUAGAUUUCCGUACUACGAAGAUAACCCCGCAGUGUAUCUCGAACAUCUGAAGAACUAUCACAUUUUCAAAGUUGCCGGUUGCGAUGCUGCUCUCGGAUACAUCCUGAACUCUACUGUAGAGAAGUUCUUCUCACUUUCGGACUGCUGGUCAAUCGACACCGCGAACCGGACUGUCACCCUCGUCGCUCCUGCUGACGCUACACCUGAACAGCGCAGUCAACUGGUGGCCAAGUCCCUCGAUAAGGCUGUGGAACUGGGAACGUUUGAUAUCCUGAAAGGAUGGCGCAACGAAAUGUACCCAGUCUACGGACCAGGCGGUGAAUUCCUGCUGGAGAUGGAACGGUCUGCUACUCCUUUGUUUGGUGUCGUCUCAUACGGUGUCCAUUCCACCUGUUACGUCGACGACGCGGAUGGUCUUCGCAUUUGGGUUCCCAGACGCUCGAGAACGAAGCAGACAUAUCCCGGUAUGCUGGAUAACUCUGUGGCGGGUGGAAUGAGCACCACGGAGCAUCCGUUUGAAUGUCUCGUUCGUGAAGCCAUGGAGGAAGCGUCCCUUCCGGAGGACGUUGUCAGGGCUAACGCUACUGCGGCUGGCUGUGUUACGUACACCUAUGUCCGGAGCUCGAAAGCUGGGGGUGAGACUGAUAUGGUGCAGCCAGAGGUCGAGUAUGUCUUCGAUAUCAAGGUUGGGGCUGACAUUGUCCCUAAGCCCUGUGACACCGAAGUAGAGGAAUUCAAUCUCUACACGGUUGAAGAAACAAAGGCGGCAAUGGCCAAUGGGGAAUUCAAGCCCAACUGUGCUGUUGUCUUGAUUGACUUCUUCAUCAGACACGGUAUCAUUACGCCAGAGAACGAGCCAGACUACCUGGAAAUCGUCGCAAGGGUGCACCGCCGCUUUGAAUUCCCAACCGCGUCCCACGUGAUGAAGUGAGCUACAACUGACUCGAGAAUAAGAAUCAGACAAUUGUUGUAGAGAAAUGUUUAAUGUUCUAUUUGAUAUACCCAAUCACCAAUCAAACGCCGGCGCUGCAACCGAAGUACCCCAAUCAAUGCAAAGACUUUUCUGACUAUCCGGACAGAACGGGCAUAUGCCCCAUACU